AAUAAAUAUAAAGAAUUAAGUUAUAACUUAUGUAUAUCUCCAUUAACACCAGAAGUAUCGAUUAAUCUAAUUAAUCAAAAUAAAGAGAAUGAUACAUUUACUAAUAUGUGGGCUUCUGGUCAAAAAAUAAUUCAGGUUGAGAAAGAUGAAGUUUCUCAAUAUAUAAAUCUUCCUGAGGCAUUAGAAAAUGAUAAUCCACUAGCUUGGUGGAAUGAUUAUAAAAAAACUUUUUCAAUUUUAUCAUCUUUGGCUUGUGACUAUUUUGGUGUUUCUGCAAUAUCAGUUCUAAGUGAAAGACUCUUCUCUGAUACAGGUGCUUAUAUUUCAGCUCGCUGA